UCUUUUUCGCAGCCAGUGUUAUUUUCCUAGCAGUGUUUUAUAUGCCCCUUAAUAUACGCGAAUACUAGCAAUCUGAACUAGUGCAAGUUAGCAGAAGGUUACAGUGAAUGUUUCGCAAUUGUCAAAUAAAGUAAUUACAUUAUUUCGUCAUACUUGGUUUGUUUCGAGGUGCUUAAAUUGUUUCAUUAGAUGCAAUUUUGUGUUUUUAUUAACGAAUAAUCUAGGAAAAUCAUGUGCUAGACGAAAUGUUUUGAUAUCGUUUGCGCAGCAGCUUCCUCCUGCACUGCUCGACCUCCUGCCGCUGAGCCGCCACUGACAUUGACAGGUCCGUCUUAAACAUGACGGGGGCAGACACGGACACGUGGGGGAGGCUUGGGUCCCCCAUCUCCCAGGACUGGGGGGAAGGCGUGGGGCUGUUUGCCAACCCCUCAUCCCAAGCCCCCCAGCCCCCCAAGCCCAGCAAGGGCUCAGCUGGGGUUAACAUCAGCCUGGGGGACCUAAACCCCCAUUUCGUGUGCGUGCUUUGCUUCGGGUACUUCGUGGACGCCACAACCAUCACGGAGUGCCUCCAUACAUUUUGCCGGUCGUGCAUCGUGUCGUUCCUGAAGGAGCAUCGCCACUGCCCGCACUGCGACACUCUGCUGCUCAAGACGCGACCCUUCAGCAGCCUCAGGAGUGAUCGGGUGCUGCAGGCGCUGGUCUACAAGACUGUGCCCGGCCUCUUCCAGACAGAGAUGAGACGCCGCAUCCGCUUCUACCAGAACACUCCUGAAGCUGUUGGCACCCCCGCCUACCAGCGCGACGUGGAGGAGUUCCAGCAGUUCGUCUUCAGCCCUGACGACUCCGUCAGCCUCGUCAUCCGCCACUACAACAGUCGCCGGCGCUCUUCGACUGGGUCGGCGGGGCCCAACGGGAGGGCCCUUGGCGACGUCCCAAACGGGACCGUGCCUGGGGAAGACGUCGGGAUGUCGUCCCCCGACGACGUCAAGAGGACGGGCCCAUCCUCCCCUACAGACGGGGAAGGAGGAGGGGAGGACGACAUGGUCCGUUAUUUCAGGUGCCCCGCGACCGUGCCCGUGUACGUGCUCAAGCAGCUCGUCAAGAGCAAGCACCGCGUGCCUGACCCACUUAGGGUGGAACUUCUGCACGGAGAAGACAGGCUGCUGGACGCCUGGACGCUCAUGGAGAUCGCUUACAUCUACACAUGGACCAGGGAAUCCCCGCUGGAGUUGAGUUUCCAGGUGGUCGCCACUCGUCGUGUGAAGAAGCGCCGCCACCCCCACCAGCCCGUCCUCAACCACGGGUCGCGGGGGCUGUCCGUGGGUCCCCCCUCACAGCCAUCGUCGUCUGACUGCGAUGACAUGCAUGAACCUCCCGAAAAAAUCGCCAAAAUGGAGAAUUCAAACAUAGAGAGCGAGCGGGAGAGAAGAUCGUCAUUUCGUGAGCACAGCGACAGUUCCAGAGGCAGUCAUCACAUGACUCCACUGUCCCCCGACGACCCCCAUGGCAGGCCCCCAACCCCACCUGAGACCCCAGAAAGCCAGCAACAUCACCAAAUGCAUCACGAAGCAAAGUGUGAAGAAAGUUCUUCGUCUGAAGAACCUGGGGAUUACGAGGCAACUUUCGGGUCGUCGUCAACCCGCGCUGAGUCCUGCGAUGGCGACGAGGACGAAACUCUCAUGGGCGACCAAGACUCGGAAGCGCCGCUCGAAGUCGACACGAGUCACGAGACUGAACCAGAGCUCGAAAUUGAGACGGACGAUACAAACCAAAAAGACGAGGAGGACCUUUACAGCGAACGUGUGUCGUCUGCAAGCAGAGCCGACUUUGAGAGAACGAACGAUGAACAACAGAACACCGCUGACGACUCCAAUGCUAGCACUGACCACGAGUUUAUGGCCAACGUAUCUGAAAACGACGAAGCAGUAGACGUUAAGCCCCCUCGUCGCAUUCGCCGCAAUGUCGUGGUUCAGGCUGGUGGUCAGGACGGAAGUUGUGCUUUCUCAGAUUCUGAAGUUGACGAAACGAUGGACGAGGUUGGUGCUCUAGACCUCUCCGACCACGCGCGCAGUGUACGUGAAGCUAGAGCCCGAGGCAGCUUAGACUUGUCCCGAGGUCAGGGAACACAAACAAUGCUCUCGAUAACUCAGAGCAGAACUUCUAAAAAGAAGAAUAGAAACAACACUACUUCCCCGUCAAGGUCAAACUGGAAUUCGAAUCAAACUCCGCACGCUGCACGAUUCCACGAUUUGUUCACGCUUUCCCAGGCGGCGGUCAUUCAGCUCGCUCUGGUGCAAGCCAGAGCACAAGAGGAGGCAAAGAAAUCUAUGCAGGCUUCUAAGCUUGGCAAACUCCGAGAAACUGCCGACUCGCUAAGCUUUGUGAACGGUUCCGGAGACACCCUCACCAUAAGUGCCAUUAACUCAUCUGAUUCAAAUUCGAAAAGUGAUCCAGCCGCGCCGUAUGUCAAGACUCACGGCGGUAAAGCUUCCGGGGGACCAUCACAAAAACUAUCCAAUGAAGAAAACCGAUCCGUGACAAACACCAUUACCAUCAGCAGGGCCGGCAAGCAUGGAACCCUAAAAAGCAAAUUGAACAAGAGUCCAACUCACCGGUCGUCAGGCUCCAGCGAUCCUCUCAGAGUCGCGUCGGUGUCUAGCUCAUCGUCGGAUAAAACAACAGAGUCUGUCAGCAAGGAAUCUGGCAGAACGAGUGAUCCUAUUUUCAAAAUAACAAAUCAAAAGUUGUCGGAGUGUUUUCGUCAACAAAUGAGUAAUAAGUUGAAGUUAAAUAACAAUAGUAAGAAUAGCGGUAAUAAAUCAACUUGUUCCGACGCUACGUCUCCCAUUUUGCCUCCUUCCUCUUCCAGUGCCCUAUUUCCUGCAAGGAGCAACGCUAGUCAAGUCACUGAUGGCAGUAGUUGUAACGACAUAAUGACGUCAUCUGCUUCUGUUUCAUCUUCUAAUUCGCUUCCAAAUGGCGUGUCGGUUUCUGGAGCUUCUCUACAGACCCCCGCCCGAACUUCCUUGCCAAAUACGAAGCUUAGCAUUCCUCCCGCAAGCAUUAAUUCUAACAACAAUGGCGGCCCUACAUUUCUUAAAGCUAAUUCAAGCGUCUCAAUUUCUACAUCGUCUGCUCCCUGUAGCUCGGCAAAAGUUUCGUCUUCAUCUGGCAGCUCCUCGGCUCUCAAAAAUAGUUCUUCUUCUGCUAACAACAGCUUUGCUCCGAAAAGUAGUUCUUCUGUAGGCUGCUCCAUUGCUCCGAAAAUCAAUUCUUUAGCAAAUUCUGUCGAUCAAAAAUCUAAUUAUGAUAAGGAUAGUAAAACCCAUGAACUUAAUUCCGUGGUUUCUUGCUCUACCAAGCCGACGUUAUCUCAGGGCCCUUGUUCCAUCAAGCAAUCGACGACCACUAAUCCAGCGUCACCGCCAAGUCGGCUCGACCCUCAUGCUAAGCUGGCGCAAGCCUUCUCCGCUACAAAAUCAGGGCAAAUGAUCAAUACUGUGAAAACGAGCACCGUCAGUAACCUUGCAAAACCUUCACAAGUAAUUAAUUCUACUAAACCUGGCAUUCCACUUAUUUCUGGCUUCUCGAAGUCAUCACUAGUUUCUAGCCCUAAUAAACCUCCAUCAAUAUCUAUAACGAAAUCAACACUGAACAACGGCAACGGCAUUACGCAGACCAAAUCUAUUUUCAACGGAAACAAGUCUUCAUGUUUGUCGAGUAAGGCUUCUGUAAAUGGCGUUGGCAGCCUCGCUGACGUCUUCAACAAAAGCAUUUCUUCUUCGAUCUCGAGUCUUUUGUCGUCGCCACACGGCGCUAGUUUGACGGCCGCGCUGCGUACGUCCAGCGGCUUGACGCCGGCCGUGAACAUUACGAGCGGCGUCAAGACGACGUCGCCGUACCGUAGUCUGCUCAACGGCGUCGUCACCUCCACGACGAGCGCCUGCGCACCGCAGCGCACCAGCACCACCAACUCAGCGCCGGUGCGCGCCACAAACUCAAGCGUGCGGCAGAUCCCAAACCCGUCGCUGUUGCACCAGCAGUCCGAGUCUCGACUCACAGGAUCGUCGGGGCGGCUGAGCGGAGUUCUCAACCGCCUGAGCAGCAACGGCGUGCCUUCUGCGGGCAUAAGCAGGAUCGAGUCGCUCACGAGAUCUCUACACGAGAAAGCUGCCGGCGCUGCCGCUGCAGCCAUCAACACGGCCGCUAGAUAAAGAAUCCGGUUCCUUUUGGCUUCUCUGAUAAUUUGCAUGCUUGAUUUCUCUGUACCGGUGCUUCUCCCACCCACCCCUCCCGCCUGCUCCAAAGUUCCGCUUCUCGCUGAAGAGGUGCUAAAAAAUCAGCAGGUGCGCGCGAGCGUCUCCCUGAAGUCCUCUUUUGUGUUCAUAGCGCAGCGUUGGUAUCUGUAGCUUCUUGUUGGUGCUUCUGCUUAUUUUUACGCCGGUUUGAGUGCAAUAUUGGUGGCUAAAUGCUUUUUUAGAUUAAUAAUGUUUGUGUCAACUGAUGAAAGUACUUAGUUUAGCCGAUGUUGUGCUGUAUCAUUUUAAUAAUUUUAAUAUAAAAUAAAUGUUUUUACUGGUUUUCGUUUGUCAUGUUAUCGCUUGAGUGAAUAUUUUGUUCGGCAUUUGUUAGAAUCGCAACUUCUCGGUUACUCUUAUUAAUAUUGGCAGAAUGGAAUUGUUGAUCUGCCGAUUUAAUAAUCAAUUAAAUAAUUGAUUCCAUCUUUUCCUAUGCUGCACUGGUAAUUUUUACGACAAUUUGUCCAUAAGUGCAAUUUGUUGUCGAUAUUUAGAGCCCCGCAUCAUAAUUUUAUAAAUCUCAGCAAAUUUUAUAAAUCUCUCUCAGCAAAAUCUUAAUAUCCUGUACCUUUUGUAGGCGGUCAUUAAACAUUCUUAACUUUUUUUUCUAAAUUUCGUAUAUAACCAUAAAAAGAUGUUCUGCAUUCAGUGUGUCAAAUAUUAAGCAAACUCUAACUUCUAUAGUGAACCCUAAAUUUAUGUAAUGUACGUAGCCCCAUAAUGAUGAGGAACUACGAGGUUAUGCCCAAAAUAUAACGUGGUAAAAAAAAUUAAGUGACGUCAUAAAUGUACAGAGUUAGUAACGCUGUUUUUUCGUAUAAUAAUGGCGUGUGUCUAUAUAUCUGGACUAACGAUACUGAUAGUUCUUUAAUCAUGCCAUGUAUCUACGUAUCUGAUGAUUCUGAUAGUACUUUAAUCAUGCCAUGUAUCUACGUAUCUGAUGAUUCUGAUAGUACUUUAAUCAUGCCAUGUAUCUACGUAUCUGAUGAUUCUGAUAGUACUGCCCAUAACCAAAGAUACGGGGUGUAGUUAGUGGGUCGAAUAGAGAGGUUGUUACUGUAUAUAAGACUUCAUUUAUUAACCUCUACAAACUUUUGCAAAAUAUGAAAGCUGUACAGGAAACUACAUUACAUACUCGCUUACAUUCAUUCACUUACGCGUUAAGGUUACUCAUACAUGAUUGUGAAAAUGAUGCAAUGAUGGCAUGUGUGCAUGACUGCUUGUAUGAUGUUCAUCAAUAUAUACAUCAAAGUUACUACAGUUCAACUAUCAACUGGUUUGAUGAUUGGUGUCGGUUGAUCAUUGAUGGCUUCUGUGAGUCAUGUUAAGAAUUUUAAUUAUUCAACUCGUUGAAUCUCUCCUCGUAUGAUCUAAUAAAUAUCCGACAUGGAUAAUGGUAGAUCUGUGAGUUAACUAGAAGCCCAAGUCUUCAAGAAAUAUGAACAUACUGUAAUUCAGCUUUCCAGAAGUAAAAAAAAAUGAAAAUAAACGAGUUUUGUCUUGAAUAAUUGCAUUUUUGUUGAUCGUUGAUGUAAACUGUACAAAGUACGUCGCAUAUCAACGUACAUCACAUGCAAAGAUUGGUGAAAUUCUCACUUGAUUGUCUUAUUCCAAAAAUAUAAACGGAAAUUAUUCAGGUUUUGCGUUCGUGAAGAAUGGAUUACACAUAACACAUUGAAAUUAUAUGUAAUGGAUUAAAGACAUUGCAUUCUUUGAAUUGUUUCGGCUUGGUGCAACCUGUCAAAGUAUUCAAGCGAAUCGACGAUCUCUUAUUUACAUUUCAAAACAACAUUGCCAAUAUCAAUGUAUCGUAUUAAUGGCGAGGAAUGGCGAUGUUCGUAUGAGAAUGAAAGGAUGUUGCAGGCGCCUUUUGCGUGCAAUCUUCGAUUGCGUUCAAGAUUACCGUAGCUUUUUUGUCAAUUUCCUGAGUUUCCUUCUUCUUAUUUAUGUCUGUUAUAUAAUUGGAACUCUAACGAUAACCGUAUUUGUUGUGAUAAUCGCUUCCAUGUUGGAUUAUUGAGUUUUUAUUUGUUUAUCUCUAAGGAAGUUAAUGCCGAUAUUUCUAAAGAUCAAAAAUAUGUUGAUCGGGGUAUACAUCAGGUACAGCUUUCACGCACAAAUUAAGCUGGCUAAAAAUUUUAGUUUUGCCUCAUGCUUGUUGGCCUUCAGCGCCUUCUUCUAAACCUGACACUCAAAUUUUUAUCGUUGUCAUGAAUUUUUGCUAACAGAAAAUUUGUAUUGCUUAGCCAAUACCGUUUUUACGGGCAUAAGCUUAUAAUUCUCACCGUCCUUUGCCAUAAAACUUGUUAAAAUUUUUGGCAUUUUUUUGGCUUCAAGAAUACUGUGAACAUUCGAAAAAUGUUUAUACUAUUCCUUUUAAUUUAUUAGGCUCUUCAUUAUGUCCUCAGCUAAAAAUUUACUGAAUCUUUCAGUGUACUAAAGCUUACAAUGUACUGAAGCUUACAGCAUACUGUACCUUGCAGUAUUUUGAGAUGUUUAGUAUAUUGAAUCUUGCAGUACUGUUAAAUAUAUCGGAGAGUCGUUUCCUUCACUCAUGAGUUACAUCAUAAAAUAUAUAUGGAAGCUGGAAUAUAUGAAAGCUGUGCUCUGUACGAUCGCCGCUGAGCUCGCUAUUGAUCUCCUUUGUAUUAACCUCACCACGGCGACCCCUCGACACAGAAAUGAAGUCCAGGACAUCGCUGUGUGUAAACUUAUUGAUAUCCUUUAUCCUGAAUUCUAUUUUAAUAUUUCAUUUUUACAUUGUAAUUGUACGAUUGUUUCACACCGUUGAGUAGAUGAUGAGAUGUAUGCAGGAUUUUUUUAGUUAUAAUUGUGCGCUUGCCUCUGUGUAACUAGCUGAAGUCUCCCAAAAACUGCUAAUUUGUGGUGGGCCGAUAAUAUGCCAUAAAGGAAUGGAUGAUAUUGAAUAAUUUGAUGAUGAGCUACAUUUAAAAAAAGUUUACUUUGAUGUUCCUGUGAGCUACAGUGUUCGUAAUAAUGUUUCAGGUUUACACUGACGCCGUCGAGUAAAGAGGGGACGUUUCACUGUGUUGUGUUGACGUUAUACUGAAUGGGGUUGAGGGUAUACUAAAUGGGGUUGACUUUGUACUGAAUGAAAUUGACAUUAUACUGAAAGGGGUUGAGGUUAUAUAUACUGAAUGGGGUUGACGUUAUAAUGCAUGGAGUUGACGUUAUACAGUAUGGGGUGGACGUUAUACGGUAUGGACUUGGCGUUAUACUGUAUGGAGUUGACGUUAUACUGUACGGAGUUGACGUUAUACUGUAUGGAGUUGACGUUAUACUGUAUGGAGUUGACGUUAUACUGUAUGGAGUUGACGUUAUACUGUAUGGAUUUGUUAUACUGUAUGGGGUUGACGUUAUACUGUAAUAAACUUUAGUUUGUUCUCAGUCGGGCAUCAUAUAAGUAAAAUUAUUUACUGUAAUGAA